AUGACCGACUCGCAAUCCUCACCCCUUCUUGACCUCAAUCACAUCACACCACUGAUCAGCUACGAGACGCUCACCCUCUCUACUGAUCUCGACUUUGUCGAGCUCAUUCAUCAUUAUCUGACCCGAGACGACACCAGUGACACCCCUUCACUGCCUCGAAUCAUUACGCUCGUUCUAAAUCAUAUUCCCUCUCCGCUUCUCUGCAACAAGAUUGGCGACUACACUGCCGAUUCUGGGGUCGAGCUGUUGACACAAUGCCGGACGGUCAUUGUCACUGAGCAAGCGCUUCACUCCCUCCUGUUGAGUUCCUCCGAGUAUCGCUGCGAAUUAUCUACCUCGCUCGAAGGCCUCUCGACCAUUGCUAGCCCUGACAGAGUGGAAGUUGCCAGCAUUGACAACUUGCUCGACACGAGACGUAAGCGGCCCUCUCGAUCCUCAUGGUCGCCGACAGCCUACGAAUUGGUAGAUAAGUUGGUCAGCUCGUGGCUGAAAGAAGCUUUGGAAAGCCUGGUUAUCUUCGGUCAAUAUCAUCGCGUACACCCAUACAUACACCCCAAUUCUAAGAAGCUGGUGAAGCAGAUAGUCUGGCGAGGAAUUUACGACAGCAAGCUCCACUAUAGCGCUCUUCAAGCAUCCAAGACUCCCAAAGCACCUUAUAUCCCUAUCGCCCCCCUCAAGCCUGAAGACGAUGCCGAACGCAAAAUCGCCUGGCUUACGGCGGAAGCAUACCCGCACGUUCACGCCUUCCUCAAUCAGGAACUCAAGAGAGAAUCAAGACGCAAGCUUGUCAUUUCAUGUCCUGAGCUCACACCUUGGGAAAUGAGACAAGUGUGCAGGUCUCUUAUUAGCGAGGCGGAAUCCAUGAUUGGAGGCAAGGCUGAUGGCAUGAUCGGUGACAGCUCUGCCAAGACGACCAGAAGGAGCUCUCGAGUCAGAGUAAUUGUAGAUGUCGAAGCUAGGCGUGUAUGA